CUCUGAACUCUGGGAGCCACAAACCAAGAUGGCCGAGGUGGAUUUUGGAGACAGCGAGCUGUUUGAGCAACUCGACGAUGAAAGGCCUGUCGCAACCCACUUAAGGUUUGAGACAGAUGAAGACGGUCCAGAAGAAACUCAAGAGUUCCAGGAGAGGCUAGAGGAGUGUGAAGAGACGAUUAGCCGCCUAAACGCGGAAAAUGAAGAACUGAGGAGGAAAUUGAAAACACUGACUCGACCAAGUGGUUUAAAAGUGGACAAUACAAGAAGCGAUGGACCACUACUUCAUAUCUUGUAUGGAAACAACAAUAUUUCCAAGGAAUGUCGCCAGGAGAUUGAAGACAGCAUCUGCAGUCUUAUUCAGAAACACCAGCAGAAGAAUGUUGUCCAGCCAGCCUCCUCUUAUGUACCUCCUCAGACAUCAAGUUUUUUCCUGGAGGAUGAACCACGGGACAAAUCACCCGACACCAUCAAAAAAAUUAAGGAAGCCUUCAGUGUGGUUGGGAGUGUGCUGUAUUUUACAAGCUUCUGUCUGGACAAACUUGGACAACCUCUACUUAAUGAAAACCCUCAGUUAACGGAUGGAUGGGAGGUGCCAACAUAUGCUCAAGUUUUUAGCAAUGUGAUGACCCUAGUCGGACAGGAAGUACAAGUCAAGGAGAAAAGGCCUAAGCCUUGCUGUUUUAACUGUGGAGGAGAGGACCAUCAGUUAAGAGACUGUCCAAAGCCCAAAGAUAUGGCCCGCAUCAACGAGAAGAGGAAGGAAUUCUCUCAUGGCAACAACAACCAGCUGAGCAGUCAGCGUUAUCACUUUGAGGAAUUGGAGGAGCGUUUUAACAAAUACAAACCAGGUGUAGUCAGCAAAGAGCUGUUGGAUGCCCUUGGAGUGUCUGUGAACAAGUUACCACCGUUCGUCUAUCGCAUGAGGGAAUUAGGUUACCCGCCUGGCUGGCUUAAGGAAGCAGAGGAUGAGAAUUCUGGACUCCAGCUCUAUGAUGGCAAUGCUAGUGGUGAAGUUACGGAGGAAGAAAAUGGCCACAGCCAGAAAGUCUCAUAUGAUCUCUCCAAGCUGGUUGAUUUCCCAGGCUUCAAUGUGGGCCUGCCAGCACAUGUAAAGGAUGAACACAGGGCAUAUGGCUCCAUUCCAAUGCAGUAUCAGCACAUGAAACAAAACUUUGCUGCCUAUCUGUCCACCAAUUAUCCAACGUCUGGAUCCCCAAAUGCUAAGAGGCGGCACGAGUCCGAAUCAACUCCACGACACUCAAAGAAACGACGAUCCGGUGACACCUCCAGGCACUCAGAUAUGGACCUCGAAUCAGACCAGGGUUCACCUCGCCCUCCUUGGACCCCCGGUGGAUUCCAGUUCCAGCCACCACUGCCCCCCAACUCGCCCUCUUUCAGUAGCCCACCACCACUGCCCCCUGGCACGCCCCCAAUCACCCCGACGCCACCACCCUUGCCCAAAGGCACUCCGCCUGCUAACGGCUCCCCUGCUCUGGAGAGGGAGGAGUCUGAGGAUGGCCUGACUCUGGAGGAGCUGGAGGAGCAGCAGCGUCUCCUCUGGGCUGCCCUGGAGAAGGCGGACACGGCCACCAACAGUGACUCUGAGACGGCCGCCACGGGCACCCCUGUUCCCAGCUCACCCAGCGUCUCCACCCCAGCCAGGCCAGACGCUGAGAUGGAAGAGGAGACUUCCAGCCGGAACGAUGAAGACACCCCCGCUUCCCCUGAGAAAGCUACAAUCGAUACCCCUGCCUCUCCUGAGACCACUCCAAUGGAUACCCCUGCCUCGCCUGAAGAAGUUCAAAUCACCACUCCUGCUUCUCCUGAGGAAGUUCAAAUCGCCACCCCUGUCUCUCCAGAGGAAGUUCAAAUCGCCACCCCUGUCUCUCCAGAGGAAGUUCAAAUCGCCACCCCUGUCUCUCCAGAGGAAGCUGUUGUGGUAAAGAAACCUAGUGCUCAACAGGCCACUGUUGUUGAUAAAGUUGUAGGUGAUGUUGAAAUGGUGGAUGAGUGUGGUAAUGGUGGAGCAGGAGUACAGCAGGCAGCAGAGCAAUCUACCCCUCAGUCACCCACUGAUGAAGGCAUAGAGGAGCCAGAGGUCAAGAAGGUGGUGGCUGUGCCACACCGAAGCAAGUUCGCCACUGGGAUCGUUCCCUUUGAGGAAACGCCUGAGUAUACGGAAGUUGCUGAAGCUACAGGGACUUACCUGAAGAUACGGGACUUGCUUAAAUGCUCUCCUCGCAAUCAGGCAAAGAACAAGAAGUGAACUGGCAGAUUUUGUUUGGUCCUAACAAGUGAAAUCAACUUGGAUUUGAGAGUCUGUCCAAUUUCAGUUGAACUUUACCUCUCCAAACUCGAAUAAUGUGGCAGGAAUUUUGCGCUGCAACUUUUAAUUCAUUUUUGAAUUAAUUGUGGUUUCUUUUUUAGUGCACAGGGACCAGCUAGUCAAUGUUUGAAGUUCACAGCAGGGCAUUGUGAUCCUUACUUUAAGUCUUCAUGUUUAAAAAGGCUGUAGUUCAUUUUAUGCCGCCCUCUGACAUCCACAACUUUUAUUCAGCACAUAGAUCAACUGAGCCUCUCCUUGUUGGCUGAAAUGUCAGGUUCUCAACGUCCUGUACAUCUGGCGUCCUCCAGGUGUUUUACGAAGCCUACAUUUCUUUUUUUUUCCCUUUCUUUUUUUUAGUACCCCCCCCAAUCACCACUAAAUGUCUAAUAGGUGAAUACAUAUAGGACUGGAAAGCUUCUGUUCCUUGCUUUUAGUGUUUUAAAUUUUAUACUUUGUCUUUUCAUACCUUUUUGGAGUGAUUUCAAGUGGUGUCAUCGAAAAACAGCAGUAACUGUACAUAUUGAUGCUGAACAGUGGAAAAGAGGCUGGAAAUGUCUGUAAAAUCAUAACCAUGUAAGAUAUUUUUAAUUGGUUCUUUAAAUUAUUCCCUUUUACAGGUUUUAUGAUCUUCUACAAAUAGGCAAUGAACACAUAAAAAGCGGCUUUAGUAUUUUGUUUCUGUA